AUGAGCGUGGAGGCGUACGGGCCCAGCUCGCAGACGCUCACGUUCCUGGACACCGAGGAGGCCGAGCUGCUCGGCGCCGACACCCAGGGCUCCGAGUUCGAGUUUACCGACUUCACUCUCCCCAGCCAGACGCAGACGCCCCCCGGCGGCCCCGGAGGUGGCGGCGCUGGGGCCCCGGUCUGCGCGGGCCCGGGCGCGGCGGCCGGACAGCUCGACGCGCAGGUCGGUGGACCUGAGGGCAUCCUGCAGAACGGGGCCGUGGAUGACAGCGUGGCCAAGACUAGCCAGUUGUUGGCCGAGUUGAACUUCGAAGAAGAUGAGGAAGAUACCUAUUACACGAAGGAUCUCCCCAUACAUGCCUGCAGUUACUGCGGAAUACACGAUCCUGCUUGCGUGGUUUACUGUAAUACCAGCAAGAAGUGGUUCUGUAAUGGACGUGGAAAUACUUCUGGCAGCCACAUUGUAAAUCACCUCGUGAGGGCAAAAUGCAAAGAGGUGACUCUGCACAAGGAUGGGCCCCUGGGGGAGACGGUUCUGGAGUGUUAUAACUGCGGCUGCCGCAACGUCUUCCUCCUCGGCUUCAUCCCUGCGAAGGCUGACUCGGUUGUGGUGCUGCUAUGCAGGCAGCCCUGUGCCAGUCAGAGCAGCCUCAAGGACAUUAACUGGGACAGCUCGCAGUGGCAGCCCCUGAUCCAGGACCGUUGCUUCCUGUCCUGGCUGGUCAAGAUCCCUUCUGAGCAGGAGCAGCUGCGGGCGCGGCAGAUCACCGCCCAGCAGAUCAACAAGCUGGAGGAGCUCUGGAAGGAAAAUCCUUCUGCCACCUUGGAGGACCUCGAGAAGCCGGGAGUGGAUGAGGAGCCGCAGCAUGUCCUCCUGCGGUAUGAGGAUGCCUACCAGUACCAGAACAUUUUCGGUCCUCUGGUCAAGCUGGAGGCUGACUACGAUAAGAAACUGAAAGAGUCGCAGACUCAAGAUAACAUCACGGUCAGGUGGGACCUGGGCCUUAACAAGAAGAGAAUCGCCUACUUCACUUUGCCCAAGACUGACUCUGACAUGCGGCUCAUGCAAGGGGAUGAGAUAUGCCUGCGGUACAAAGGGGACCUGGCGCCCCUAUGGAAAGGGAUCGGCCACGUCAUCAAGGUCCCUGAUAAUUAUGGCGAUGAGAUCGCUAUUGAGCUUCGGAGCAGUGUGGGUGCACCCGUGGAGGUGACUCACAACUUCCAGGUGGAUUUCGUGUGGAAGUCAACCUCAUUCGACAGGAUGCAGAGUGCGUUGAAAACCUUUGCUGUGGACGAGACCUCCGUGUCGGGCUACAUCUACCACAAACUUCUCGGCCACGAAGUGGAGGAUGUGAUCAUCAAGUGCCAGCUGCCCAAGCGCUUCACGGCGCAGGGGCUCCCUGACCUCAACCACUCUCAGGUUUACGCCGUGAAGACUGUGCUGCAGAGACCACUGAGUCUGAUCCAGGGCCCACCGGGCACAGGAAAGACGGUGACCUCAGCCACCAUUGUCUACCACCUGGCUCGGCAAGGCAAUGGGCCCGUGCUUGUCUGUGCUCCAAGCAACAUAGCCGUGGAUCAGCUGACUGAGAAGAUCCACCAGACUGGGCUGAAAGUCGUGCGGCUCUGUGCCAAGAGCCGAGAGGCCAUCGAUUCCCCGGUGUCGUUCUUGGCCCUGCACAACCAGAUCAGGAACAUGGACAGCAUGCCGGAGCUCCAGAAGCUGCAGCAGCUGAAGGAUGAGACUGGCGAGCUGUCGUCUGCGGACGAAAAGCGGUACCGGGCCCUGAAGCGCACUGCCGAGCGGGAGCUGCUUAUGAAUGCAGAUGUCAUCUGCUGCACGUGUGUGGGCGCCGGAGACCCGAGGCUCGCCAAGAUGCAGUUCCGAUCCAUUUUAAUCGACGAGAGCACCCAGGCCACCGAGCCAGAGUGCAUGGUCCCUGUGGUCCUUGGAGCCAAGCAGCUGAUCCUCGUGGGCGACCACUGCCAGCUGGGCCCCGUGGUGAUGUGCAAGAAGGCGGCCAAGGCCGGGCUGUCCCAGUCGCUCUUUGAGCGCCUGGUGGUGCUGGGCAUCCGUCCCAUCCGCCUCCAGGUCCAGUAUCGGAUGCAUCCUGCGCUCAGUGCCUUCCCAUCCAACAUCUUCUAUGAGGGCUCUCUUCAGAAUGGUGUCACCGCAGCGGAUCGUGUGAAGAAGGGGUUUGACUUCCAGUGGCCCCAACCGGAUAAACCGAUGUUCUUCUAUGUGACCCAGGGCCAAGAGGAGAUUGCCAGCUCAGGCACCUCCUACCUAAACAGGACGGAGGCUGCAAAUGUGGAGAAGAUCACCACGAAGCUGCUGAAGGCGGGCGCCAAGCCAGACCAGAUCGGCAUCAUCACGCCCUAUGAGGGCCAGCGCUCCUACCUGGUGCAGUACAUGCAGUUCAGUGGCUCCUUGCACACCAAGCUCUACCAGGAGGUAGAGAUUGCCAGCGUGGAUGCGUUCCAGGGCCGCGAGAAGGACUUCAUCAUCCUCUCCUGUGUGCGGGCGAAUGAGCACCAAGGCAUUGGAUUUUUAAACGACCCCAGGAGGCUUAAUGUGGCCUUGACCAGAGCACGAUAUGGGGUCAUUAUUGUGGGCAACCCGAAGGCCCUGUCCAAGCAGCCGCUCUGGAACCACCUGCUGACCGUGCUGGUGGAGGGGCCGCUGAACAACCUGCGAGAGAGCCUCAUGCAGUUCAGCAAGCCCAGGAAGCUGGUCAACACCAUCAACCCGGGAGCCCGCUUCAUGACAACAGCCAUGUAUGAUGCUCGGGAGGCCAUCAUCCCAGGAUCGGUCUAUGACCGGAGCAGCCAGGGCCGGCCCUCGAACAUGUACUUCCAGACCCAUGACCAGAUUGGCAUGAUCAGUGCUGGCCCCAGCCACGUGGCUGCCAUGAACAUUCCCAUCCCCUUCAACCUGGUCAUGCCGCCCAUGCCGCCACCGGGGUAUUUUGGACAAGCUAAUGGGCCAGCCGCAGGCCGGGGCACCCCAAAAGGCAAGACUGGUCGUGGGGGACGCCAGAAGAACCGCUUUGGGCUUCCUGGGCCCAGCCAGACGAAUCUCCCCAAUAGCCAGGCCAGCCAGGAUGUGGCGUCACAGCCCUUCUCACAGGGUGCUCUGACCCAGGGCUACAUCUCCAUGAGCCAGCCCUCCCAGAUGAGUCAGCCCGGCCUCUCCCAGCCUGAGCUGUCCCAGGACAGUUACCUUGGAGAUGAGUUUAAGUCACAGAUUGAUGUGGCGCUGUCGCAAGACUCCACGUACCAGGGGGAGCGGGCGUACCAGCACGGCGGAGUGACGGGGCUGUCCCAGUAUUAG